GAACAAACUACUGAGUAUGUAGUUCGUUGCUGUUGGUUCUUGUAACAACUCAUCAUCUAGUACUCCAUGAGUGAUCUGCUCUGUGUGCCAAUCAAUUUGGCUAGUACUUUAAUUUACAGUUUGAGUACUUAGAUAGAAACUAGACGAAAUCGAGCAUAUGUAUCAACACAAUGACAAUCUCAUAAUUUUUUGCAUCAGCAUAAUCUACGACUACGCGUCAAUCAUGGUUCUUGGAAGGAGAGUGGACUGCUCCUUCAAGAAUGCUUCAAGAGUGAGCUCUUAGAGGAAGAAGUCUCAGUCCUCUGGAGGAGUUCGUAGAAGUAGAGGAGAAAUAUAUCUUAUUAAGUUAUUCCGUUGCUGCUCUACUCCAAGACGCAAGUGCAUCUACAUGGUGCUUAGCAGUCGUCCGCUUCUUUCCUCGUGGCUGGUUUACCUCAUGCUGUUUCUGUCAUCCUCCAAAUAUCUCAACAUUAUCUUAAAUCUUACUCUGCUUAUGAAACGGAAUGUUGAGGCUUUUCAGAUAACAAAUCGCAAUAUCUUGUUGUCGCAACUUCUUACCGUUGUACUUAGCUUAGCUUUCACGCUGUAUGUCAGCUCUGUGGCUCGUCUCUGUCUGCUUAAAAUUACUUUAUCUUUUCUGUAUGCUUUUGCUUUCCUUGUUGAUUAAGUGCGAUCACACUGCUGGUAUGUAUUUACUCAGUCUAGCUCUUACACUACUGUGCUGUCUUAUUCUUUGCGUCCGUGAAGUGCGUACUUUCUUUGCGCCCACCCCAGCUGGUGCGUCGAACGAUUCGAAAAAUUUGUAAUUGUAAUAUAAUGUCUAGCCCGCCAUAGUUUUUUCCCAGAAGACCAAAAUCACCUUUCAUUUGGAUAGAUCAAAAAAACGGUAUUCGUGGUCCUAUCCAAUCGCUCUAUUCUGGGGUUGCAAAGGCCACCAUAGUACAAGAAGUAGUUGAUGGACAUCAUUAAGACAAGGAUGGAACGUCACGAUGAACGUUCUGCACAUGCAGAACGAUAAUUGUCAAACACAAGCGCCAGAAUCAGAACUGUAGUAAACAACAUUCAUAUUUAUCAUUUCAUGCCGAUGAAAUCUCAGGGAUCAUCUUGGCUUGGCUGAAAAGCUAUUCACGGGAUGACACAAAGAUACAAAUCAACGACCACCUGCAGCUUUUGGUCGUAGUUUUUGUUGAUGG